AUGAAUUCCAGACAUCCACGCGAGCAAGGUACGAAAAAAUGUGAGAUCGCAUUGAGCACCACUAUUAAACUGCACUUAGGUCCGAGGUCGAAUGUUUUCAAAGCCUGUGAUGCCUGUCGACAGCGAAAACUAAAAUGUAAUGGCUUGAACCCAUGUGAGCGUUGCAUCAAUAAUUCGGCGCAAUGCAACUAUCGGAAGAAAGCUCGGAGACGAGAUACAGCAACACAGAAAACAGUGACCAAUCAGCGUGCCACUUUCAUUCCCAUACAGCCUGCUGUCGAUCAUCUCGUUAUCAAAGCUGCGCAACCGAGAGAGACGGAAAUUGAUGAUCAAAACACUCGGAGGAAGCUUCAGAGCAUUUUGAAGACUAUUCGAAUUACCGACAGCGUACCAUCAAGAGGGACUGUUACCAGAACCUUUGGCUGUACUUCAUCAGCGGCCGUACUUAGUCUCCUACUAGACUUGAUAUGGCAAUCAAACAGCUUUUUGAUUUUGGGAUCCGAGAUGGAAUAUUCGAAUGAUCACACCCGGGAUGUCUUACGAUAUAUUUUGCAGGUCUUUGCAAUUUCCGAAUCGUCUCGUCGACCUCCUCUUAAUCCAACUCUGCCAGGUCCAUUAGAUACGGUUUCAUUGGAGAUUCAGUCUGUUUUCUUAGACCAAUAUAUAUCCAUGGCGUGGAAAGUACUUCCAUUCCAAUCGCCCAAUAGCCUUCGCGCACAGUUACCCCAUCUUGCUGACCAAGCACCCUCGCCCAUGUUUGAUGACGGCAAGGCGCGGCGAUCCAUUUUCUUCCCUAUGCUUGGCAUUGGCGCAAUUACAGCAGGCUAUGCUGAGCUGGGAAGCCUUUUCAUUGCGGAUGCACAAAGGGAGACACUGACGGCAGAACCUGUGGGCGAUAUCCUUGCCUUCCAAAGCGAUUUGCUGAUGAUAAGUUUGGUCUACUCUGUCUUUAGAAUUUCAACUAACUAA